CCCUCCUGUUUGUCUUAUUGUGGACCACACCCGCUUCUGUAUCCCUGACCACGCCCACACCUGUUUGUCUUAUUGGUGGGCCACACCCUCUUCUGUAUCCCUGACCACGCCCACACCUGUUUGCCCGAACCUGCACCGCUGCUGAAGACGCACUUCAAAUACCUUGAGGGAACGUUGCGUCUCGAUAACUUAAGCAGACAUUUAAACCACCUCGAAGAGACGUCGGCGGUGCCGAUGAACCGCAGCGGACAGCGGUAAAACCAUGACCAACGCGGAGGGCGACGAGAGCGUCACGAAACCCUCCAAAUCCGAGAAGGACCAGGCUUGGAUUCCCAAGAUCUUCAAGAAAAGAGUUUGUACAACCUUCGUUGAAGAUUCCUCAAGUGAUGGCAGGCUGUGCCAGUGUGGGAAUGCCAGAGAGCGCCAUCUGCAGGUGGCUCUGGGGGACUACUUCAGCACAGCCAUGGUGAACCAGUGGGACAGCAGGCAGCACUCCUCGUUACACCCAACCGACGCCUUCGGAGAAAUGCAGUUCACUGGAUCCAGCAAGAGGCAGAGCUACUUCAUGCGUUUGGCCAAUGACACGGCCCCCUCCAUCGUCUACAACCUGUUGACCCACCACUGGGGGCUGCCCUCCCCCAACCUGGUGGUGUCCGUAGUGGGGGGGGAGGGGAUGGUGAAGGUCAAGACCUGGGUACGAGAGGUUCUGAGACAGGGCCUCGUCAAGGCCUCCCAGAGCACAGGUGCGUGGAUCCUGACCACCGGCCUCCAGGAGGGGGUGGGCCGCUGUGUGGGGGAGGCGGUCCGGGACCACGCCACCGCCGCCGCCUCCUCCUCCACCAAUAAGGUGCUGGCGCUCGGUGUCACACCCUGGGGGGUCGUCCAAGACCGCAAGCAGCUGGUCAACCCAAAGGGUAGUUCUCCGGCUAAGUACACGGCCCAGAGCACAUUCAGGGACUCGUGUUCCCUUGACAACAACUACCAGGCCUUCCUGCUGGUGGACGAUGGCAGCGUGGGUCAGCGGGGGGUCGAGACCGGCUUCAGAGCCAAGCUGGAGGAGUACAUCUCCCACCAACGCACCGGGAUCUCUGGCAGUGGCACCAUCGACAUCCCUGUGCUCUGCAUGCUGAUCUCAGGACAGACCAACAUGCUGGAGCGGUUGGAGCUGUCUCUGAAGACCUCCAUGCCCUGGCUGAUCCUGGCGGGCUCUGGGGGCGUGGCUGACCUGCUGAGUGAAGUCCUGGAGCGGGUGUCGCCGGCCCCGCCCUCCACCUCCCCCCCUGUGGAGGGGGAGGGGGGAGCCACGCCCAGCGUCGACAUGAGGGAGCGAGUGGCGGAGAUCGUCCGGAGCCACUUUCCUGGGCAUGGUGAUCUCGACAAACUGGUCGAGCAGGUGCUGAGUAUUUACCAAAACAGAGAGCUGAUCACUGUGUUCCACGGAGAGCAGGAGGGGGCAGAUGACUUUGACACAGUGCUGCUCAAAGCCCUCGUAAGAGCAAGUAAGCAGCGCAUUCUGAGCGAUGCUACCCCCAACAUGGAGGAGCUGAAGCUAGCGGUGGCAUGGAACCGCGUGGACAUUGCAAAGAGCGAGCUCUUCAACGGCAGCAUCCGCUGGAAGCACUCUGACCUGGAGGACUCGAUGACGGACGCCCUGGUAAACAACAAGCCCGAGUUUGUCCGUCUCUUCACGGAGAACGGCCUCAACAUCCUGGACUACCUGGACUACGGGAAGCUGGAGUUCCUGUACAGCUCUCUGCCUGAGGGCACGCUCGCCUACCACCUGCUGCAGCGCAUGCUGCAACGCCGCCUCCAGGAACGACCGUUCAGUGCAAGCUCUGCCAACCUGCUGGAUGACACGCCUAACUCCGCCACUAAGAUGAUGUCCGGAAAUGGUCCCAACAGUAUCAGCCUGUUGGAGGUGUCGGGGGUCCUGGAGCUGCUGAUUGGGGACGUCUGCAAGCCGUUCUAUUACUCUGCUCUGGGUCUCGACCCCGACCUGUCCAAGAGGAAAGCCCUGAAGAAAGCCAGUAAGGUGUUGCGUGGAGGCCAGCUCUACCGUGCGGACCGGUGUCUGUACCCGUGGGCGUCUCUCUUCAUCUGGGCUGUCCUGCAGAACUACAGCGACAUGGCGGUCUUCUUCUGGGAGAUGGCGGGGGAGACAGUCCUUAGUGCUCUGAGCGGCUGUAAGCUCCUCAGGGAGAUGUCUAAGCUGGAGAGCGAGACUGAGACCAAGCUGUCCAUGAAGGUGCUGGCUCAGCGCUUUGAGAACAUGGCCCACGAUGUGUUUGGCUCAUGCUACCAGAGCAGUGAGUCGCGCUCCUUCACGCUGCUGAUCCGGAAGUCUCCAGUGUGGGGCGGCACAACCUGCCUGCAGAUGGGGACGGCCGCCGACGCCCGCCUCUUCUUCAGCCAGGACGGCGUCCAGUCUCUGCUGUCCCAGAUCUGGUGGGGGGAGAUGAGGAGGAGCACAGAGGUGUGGAGGCUGGUGCUCACCUUCUUCUGCCCCUUCCUGUGCUACACCUCCCUCAUCUCGUACAGGGAGGACGAGGACGAGGAGCAGGAGGAGGAAGACAUCCCAAGAGAUGACUACAGAACCUACGGGGCCACAGUCUUCUCCUACUCUGACAUCAAACACCUAGAAGCUGCUCCGGGGGACGGACUCUCAAGUCCUGUGUCUGCCACCAUUAAAGGCAUACGGAUACAUUCCAAACCGCCCAAGAGGCCCUUCAUCGUGAAAAGAUGGCGUCAGUUCUGGUACGCUCCCGUCACCUCCUUCAUGGGCAACGUGCUCAUGUACUUCCUGUUCCUGCUGCUGUUCGCCUACGUGCUGUUGGUGGACUUCAAGGGCCCCCCGCCCGCUGGCCCCGCCGUGUCGGAGUACGUUCUGUACUUCUGGGUCUUCACCAUCGUGUGUGAGGAGAUCCGAGAGACCUUCCUGGUUGGUAGUCUGAGUCUCCGUCAGAGGCUGAGGUUGUACUGGCAGGACAUGUGGAACAAGUGUGACCUGACGGCUAUCACCCUCUUCAUAGCUGGAGUCAUCUGCAGGAUGUUUUCCUCGUGUUUCGAUGCAGGCCGGGCCCUUCUGUGUGUGGAUUACAUGGUGUUCACACUCAGGCUCAUCCACAUCUUCGCCAUCCACCGCCAGCUGGGGCCUAAGAUCAUCAUCGUCGGCAAGAUGAUAAAGGACGUCUUCUUCUUCCUCUUUUUCCUGGGGGUGUGGCUUAUGGCGUACGGCGUAGCCAAUCAGGCGCUGAUCUACUCCUACGACCCCCGGCCGGAUCGUAUCUUCAGGAGGGUUUUCUACCGGCCCUACCUCCACAUCUACGGACAGAUCCCGGUGGAGGAGAUGGACGUGGGGAAGACGUGGGACAUGCCAUGCACCAGCAACAUCACACUGAUAGAAGCUGGAGCUGAACCCUGCAGGAACCAGUACGGUAACUGGUUGGUCGUGAUUCUCCUGGUCAUCUACCUCCUGGUCACCAACAUACUGCUGAUCAACCUGCUCAUCGCCAUGUUCAGCUACACCUUCAACAAGGUGCAGGAACACAGCGACGUGUACUGGAAGUUCCAACGCUACAAGCUGAUCGUGGAGUACCACUCCAGGCCCUCCCUGGCUCCACCCUUCAUCAUCCUCUCCCACCUCAACAUCUUCAUCAAGAGGCACAUCCGCAGGGUGCCCUCGGUCAAGGUGCACGACUUCGUCCGGGAGCUGAAGGGGAAAGCGGCCAACAGACUGAUGACCUGGGAGAGCAUCCAGAAGGAGAACUUCCUGUCCGCUCAGAGUAAAGUGCAGCGAGGCAGCGACUCUGAGAGGAUCAAACGCAUGUCUGUCAAAGUGGACACGGUGGUCAAACAGAUGGGCACCAGCAGAGACUACGAACACAGACUCAGAGCUCUGGAGAACCAGAUGGAGUACUGCUCCUCUGCUAUGAGCUGGAUCGUGGACACGCUGGUCCAGAGCUCCAUGGUCAAGCCCCCCAGACCCCCGCCCACACACAGAGUGCUCCAUGCUUCUCCCACUUCCAACUGACUGGCCACCAGGUGGUGCUGUCCCCUCUUAGCUCACGGAGGCCUACAGUUAACCAGCAUUAUACUGGAAAAGAUUACAUUUUUAUCUAAAUUUUAUAUUUUUUACAUGAAUUACUAUUACUGAUAUUGUUAACAAUUGAAAGUCUGAUCAAAUAUGUAUAAUUGCAAUGUUUCCAUGGUAACAACUGAUGAUGCAGUAUUAUACUAUGUUAUGAUAUUUUGUACAAUAAACAAUCAAUACAACAGUA